CCUCGCACUCCCCGCGGAGGAGGCUCCUCUUCGUGGGCCAAGUCUGGCAGUAGAUCUGCUGCAAGCAGGAGGGGUAGUCCCGUCGGCCCGGGAGGGGGAGGGUGGCUACAUUGAGAGCCGCCCCCUUUCAUUCCUGUUUCCCCAUUGAGUCUCCCCUCCACUCUUAGCGAAGGGCGCCGAGGGGUAGCCAGGGAAGCAACUGAGGAGCUCAGCGCCGCCUCCUUUCUCUUCCUCUCUUCUUCCUCCCGCCUUUCCUCUUUUUCGCCUGGAUCUGCGGAGAUGAGCAGCGCUAGAGACCGACGCCUAUCUCGGCAAACCUGGUGGGAGAGGCGACACUCGGGUUCCGGGCUUCCCUGAGGUGCCACGAGGAUUCCGCCCGCCGGCGUCCGUCUGAACCUGAGUGGAGCGGCCGUCCCCUCGGCCAAGCGCUCCCGCCCUCCCUCCUCUGGAUGCUACCGCUGCUGCUGGUCCACGGCUGCCCUCCCUGCGAGGGCGCGGGAGGCGGCGAGCUCGCAUGGCGGCAGCGCAACGGCGGCGGCGGGCUUCGAAGGGGCGGCCCCGACAGCGUCCGAGGUUGCCGGGUCUGCGAGUGGUACGCUGGCGACGAGCAGCCCCGUGGCGGCGGGCACUUUGGCUUCUGGCCCUGGGGACCUCGCUGGGUCUGCUCCUGGCGUGGUCGUCUAAUCGCCUUCUGCAUUGGCUGGCCUUCCCGUCUCACACGACGGUGCGCACCGAGUGGAGCCGUCAGCUGGCCUUCCCUGCCGUCACGUUGUGCAACAAUAAUCCGCUCCGUUUCCCGCGCCUCUCCAAAGGCGACCUCUACUACGCCGGAAACUGGCUCGGCCUUCUUCUGCCAAACCGGACGGCGCGGCCGCUGCUUGCUGAGCUCCUGCGCGCCGAGCCGGAGCGACUGCGUUGGUUCGCCAAAUUGGCCGACUUCCGCCUCUUCUUGCCACCGCGCCACUUCGGUGGCAUCAGCGAAGAGUUCGUCGAUCGCCUCGGGCACCGCCUCGACGACAUGCUCCUCUCCUGCAAGUUCCGAGGCGAAAUGUGCGGCCCGCAUAACUUCUCUGCCGUGUUUACGAAAUAUGGGAAAUGCUACAUGUUUAACUCAGGAGAAGAGGGGCAUCCACUGUUGACUACGUUCAAGGGUGGGACAGGCAAUGGACUGGAGAUAAUGCUGGACAUUCAGCAAGAUGAGUACUUGCCAAUUUGGGGAGAAACAGAUGAAACAACAUUUGAAGCAGGAGUCAAAGUCCAGAUCCACAGUCAGACUGAGCCGCCAUUUGUUCAAGAACUUGGGUUUGGUGUGGCACCUGGUUUCCAAACUUUUGUAGCCAUGCAAGAACAAAGGCUGACAUACCUUCCACCUCCAUGGGGUGAGUGCCACUCAUCAGAUUUCGGCCUGGAGUUUUUCCCCAUCUAUAGCAUCACUGCAUGCAGGAUCAGUUGUGAGACCCGUUACGUUGUAGAGAAUUGCAAUUGCAAAAUGGUUCACAUGCCAGGGGAUGCUCCAUUUUGUACACCGGAGCAGUAUAAAGAGUGUGCAGAACCUGCACUAGUGCUUCUUGGUGAAAAGGGAAAUGAUUAUUGUGAGUGCCAAACUCCAUGCAAUUUGACCCGUUACAACAAGGAGCUGUCCAUGGUUAAGAUCCCCAGCAAGACCUCAGCUAAAUACCUUGAGAAGAAGUUUAACAAGUCAGAGAAAUAUAUCUCGGAGAAUAUUCUUGUACUGGAUAUAUUCUUCGAAGCUCUUAACUAUGAGACCAUUGAGCAGAGGAAAGCAUAUGAAGUGGCAGCAUUACUUGGUGAUAUUGGGGGUCAGAUGGGUCUUUUUAUUGGUGCUAGUAUCCUCACCAUUCUGGAAGUAUUUGACUAUAUUUAUGAGCUGAUCAAAGAGAAACUGUUUGAUCUUCUUGGCCCAGAGGAGGAAGAAGGAAGCCAUGAUGAGAAUGUGAGCACGUGUGAGCCCUUGUCAAACCACUCUGAUCCCACGAGCCACACUGUGACAGUCCCACUGCAGACAACACUUGGCACGUUGGAAGAAAUUGCGUGCUGACAAUGCUUCCUCAGCACUAUGGAUGGCAGAACCUACAAAAGCCAGGGAAUCCUACUCAGGCUCACUAACAGGGUGGGGGAACCACUGAGGAAUUCGCUAUGCAUCCAAUUGUUCUCUUUCUCUCUUCUUGUCAAAAUCAGUGAAAGAUUUCAUGGACUCAGUUGCAUCAGCCUGUCCUACCAGGAUGAGUGGAGGAGGGUGUAGGAAGGGGCAAGAUUUAUCUCCACCAGCGGACAACACAUCUCAGUUUCUGAACUGGAGAAGUGUGAUGACCAAGAAACCAUUCCUUCAUAGACAGCCUACAAGUUAUACAAAAGAAGCCUGCAUGCCAAUCCUUUUGAUGGCAGUCUCACUUUUUCCUUGCAAGCCAUGUCUCCAUCCAACAACUGCUCCCUUUUUCUUUUUCUUUUGCCACAACAAAAGUGGAAGUCAUGGCACAGACUUUCCUGCUCAAGAGUUUAUCAUUGUUUAACAACAUCACUGCUGAGUUAGAAACAAGCAAUGGUCCAUUUUUGAGCAAGGGUCACCAUUCUUUUUUGUUGUAUGCUAAAUGUGACAGGGUCUCAGAAGUUCUGGUCAAAUCGUUGGGUGAGCCAGAUCUUUUAUGACCAAGGUGAGCAUGUUCAAAUAGAAUGGCUCACCUUACGUACCAUUAUAGACCACUUCCUAAAUGCAGGCACUCAUGAAUGCACCAGCCCCAUUGACACUAGUUAGCCAUACAGCUACUGUCUUGUCUAGAUUGGCGUGUAAUGCAACAUAUGUGUGUCCCAGGAUUGGGGGAGGUGGGGUCCAGUUACCUUUUUGACUUGCCCUGCUUCCCCAUUCUUAACAGCACUAUUAAAAGUGAUCUUGUGGAAGGGGAUAAACUGUCAUUUCUGCUUAUUCCACCUCUGUGGAUGUUUUACUUCAACUUGGGAACUACCAGCAUUAAAAAGAGUUUAAAAAUAUAUAUAUAUAUAUGUCCUUUUAGGCUAUUUAUGAGCAAUGUUUUAGCAGUUUCCAGAAUGAUAACUCUGGUGGGUUGUGUAAGUCAUUUCGAGGACCAUUGACUGGGCCCAAAUCUUUGGUUUGCACAAUACAUGUAAAAUACUCACAUAAACUAGAUUCAUACAACAUAUUAAGUCACAACAUGGAUGUCUAGUUUAUAGUUCAGGAUAUGCCCAAUCAGCCUGUUAAAGUAAACCACACAAUUUUUAUGGACUAUACUUUAUAAUAUCUCUACAAUAUUAUCUUGAGAUAGAUUACAUGUAGAUUUCUAGAAUGAGUAGUUGGUGAGGCUAAAUGGAAACUAAAUGCAGAAGAUUCAAGCAAUUAUAAUUAUGGGGGUAGUUAUUUGCACAUUUGUCUUCGGUGUAGAAAUUGUGUAUCCUAUGCAGAAUGUAGUAAAAUAGCAUUUUUAAACAAUGGCAUAGGUGACAUCGGAAGAUAAGUAAUAGAUCAUUCAUAUUAUGAAUGAUGCUAUUAAGUUCUGUAAUGCUCUUCCUAAAAUAAAUACUGAGACACUGUGCUUACAAAUAUUUAUCAACUGAUCAAUGAAAUAUGUAGUAUCUUUGCCACUCGACAGACUGCAAAUGUAAACAAGAGUGCAGUUAUCAUUGUCUGCAUCUUCUGCAUUUUAUUUUCUUCCAACCACAGUGUUUUCUAUUUCCACCGAUGCCUUCAGUUAAAUAUGUGCAUAUUUGAAUCUCACACUAUACUGUAGGUAUCUAAUGAAACAGACUUACUCUGCAAAAUCUAAUGUCACAUUGUUUUAGCAUUUUGGUUGCUUUUUGUCCAUUUUUUUUUCCUGAGCAGUCCUGCAGCCAGACACAAUGAAGAUACUGCUAACUAAUGACAUCUUCCUGGCUGUGUGAGAGCCCACUAUACACCCCCCCCCCAUGUGGAUGUUAUUAUUUUAUUUAUAAGUUCCAGCAGGAUCUACACCGUAGCACUUUCUAUAUAGUACAAAGCUCCCUAAUGACUGCUUGAUGAGCAUAUGAUCAGUAGACAGUGUUAACAUCCACACUGAAUCUAAUCUGCUUGGAAUGCAAAUUAUUUCCAGGGAAGAAUAAAACUAGCAUGCUUAUCAUGAUCUCACUGAGAGCAGUUGCAAAACAACUUCACUAGAAGUGUAGGUGUGGCCACAAGCCAGAGAUGAAUUCUUAUUCCGGUCAGAGACAGAACAUGGCUUUGGCUCUGAAGGAACCUAUUACCUAUGAUAUAUGCUACUUUAUUGCAAGAGCGGUGAACAUUUAUCUAUGGGAUGGAGAAGGGACUGGGAAGUGGAAAAAAAGCCAAUGCUGAGACGUGUGUGACAUCAUCAUGUACUGUAAAUACUGUGAAUGACAUCUUGAGGUCAGGCGUCAAAAUAGAUACAUCUAGGUAAUGGUGGCAUUUGCAUAACAAUGCAUCCUUUUUCAAUCGUGUUUUCCUGCGAAUAUUGCUGCCUCUGCCUUUAAGAGUCUCACGGGAACAUCACUUUUAAACACAGAAAUUACAUCAUCUCAUCUUCAAAUUUAUGAGCUGACGCUGAGCCAUAUAUCUUGAAACCAAGGAAAAUUGUAUUGGUGCGUGUGUUACAAGAAGCAAUACAUAGUUACAUGUUUUUAGUUUUAUAUCUGGCACGUUAUUCCACGUUUUUGUUCCCAAUCAGUCUCUGGUUUAAGUCUUUGCCCUAAUUCGCUCCAAAACAAAACAAAAUGGUGGAUGUGGCAAGAAUGGUCCCACCUAGUAAAAGGGUCUGUGGGUGCUUUUGGGUCAUAAAUGGGCAAGAAGCAUGCGGUGUGGGGCAAGAAGAUCAAGAUGCCUUCCUGCUGCCACCUUCCCUCUGGUGCAGUGUUUCUCAACUUUGGCAUCUUUAAGACAUCAAUUCACAAAAUCCCAUACUGCUCUGGUGCUUUGCCUAUGACAGUUUCAUAAGUGGAUCUUACCAGCUAAUCAAAGGAUAAUCUGGUUAGUUUUAAAGUACUUAUAUAAAUUUCCAAGGAUUUUCUGUGCAAAAGUCUCCUGGCAGUUCCCUACUCUGUCUCCCUCUCCUGCCUUCUUCCCUUUCUCUUUCUCUUUCUCUCUCUUCUCUCUUUCUCUCUCUCUCUCUCUCUUUUUCUCUCAGGCAGAAUCAUUCUAGUCAAACAAAUGAAAAGCUGAGGAUAGGCACUGCUGUGAGAUGCUACAUCCAAUUCCAAGCCAAUUAGCAGGGUUCUGUUUUCAUUCUACCAAAGCUCUAUCCAACAAUAACAACAGCAAAAUCUAAAGUCAGAUUUCAGUGCAGCUGUCAGAAGAAUUCAGCUACGUCCAUUUAUCUUCAUUGCCUUUACAUUACAGACUAAGCAUAGUGUGGGAAAACUGGCCACCUCCCUGUGUUGAACCUAGGUAAUAUAUUAACAGAUAAGUGGGUCGAAAAGGCCAUCUUCUUAUGACUCAAAAAGCAAGCAAGAAAGAAUUUGUUCUGUUUCCAAAGCUCUCUUCAGAGAUUUAACUCCAUUUCAAGAAAGCGGGUCGUAUAUGCAGUGAACAGGUCAACUAGGUCUUAGAAAAAUGCCAAGGAAAACAUAAAGAGGAAUUUGCAAAAUUGGUAACUAUGAAUUUGAUCUACAAAACAUUCUGUCCAGCUGUGGAGAUGCCAAUACAUUCCUUAAUGUAACUUUUAAGGAAAUAACAUCGUAAACAAGAGGGGGAAAACAUUUUAGACAACUUCAGUUCCCAGAUAUUUGAAGGAUCUAAUUAUAAGUUCCUCAAGCUGUAAGACAGAUGGAAUCCCAUUUCCUAGCUCCUACUUUGCUUUUACAUUGGACCCUCCUUUGGGACAUAUCUGGAAGCAAGUGGAGUGCUCAGUGCUAGCAGGCUGGUUUUUCUCUUCUUCUAAAACAAGCAACAGCAGGGGUGGGUUCCAAAUUUUUUUACUAUUGGUUCUGUGGGCAUGGCUUAUUUGGUGGGCGUGGCUUGGUACUGAGGGCAAGAUGGGUCGGCACCUUGCUGAGUGACAUCAAGUUGGUCACACCCACUCAGUCACAUGACCAAUGCUGCAGAAACGGCGAUUUCUCCCGGGGGACAGCCAGAACUUCGCUGCCUCCUCUUUUCCUCAGAGGAGCUGCCUCCAAGUCCUUGCGAGGGGACACACAUAUACACACACACACACACACACACAAAACACAACGCAACAGACUCACACACAAUGUAAAAGCAGCUGCACUUCACCCAAAAUGGCCCCUGCAACAAGCAGGAACCUCACACAGCCACAAAAAGUUCAAAAACCAACUUUCACACUUUACACACAUACAACACAACACAACACAACUGACUCACACACAAUGUAAAAGCAGCUGCACUUCACCCAAAAUGGCCCCUGCAACAGCAGGAACCUCACACAGCCACAAAAAGCUCAAAAACCAACUUUCACAUUACACACACAACACAACACAACUGACUCAUACACACACACAAAAUGCCACAUACAGCUUUGUGAGAUUCUAUGUGUUUGUGUAGUUAAGAGUAAAACACUACAGAAACACACCAAAUCUCAGAAAGCUGCACAAAUAUUUUAUUAUUUUAUUUUAUUUAUACUUUUUAGCUCAGGGGUCUCCAACCUUAAUAACUUUAAGGUUUGUGGACUUCAACUCCCAGAGUUCCUUAGCCAGCAAAGGCAUUGAGGAGAUGGAUGGCAGGCAGGCAGGCAGUAAGAUUCAGUUGCUAGCUGAUGCAACUGAUGUAAAGCAUGGCUUUGCCAGCCGGAAAGAAGCUGUAAUUAGGUAAGUGAGGAGGGGGG